CCAAUCUUCUGCCAUUUCUUGCAAGAAUCGUCCACCUAACAAACGUUUAGUUGUGCAUCCUGAACGCUACUUUAGUAUCUGCUAGGUCACAAACAGUUUCAGAUAGCUUGAGAGUGACAUAUCUAAAGUAAAGAGGGGAAAUAUUCGAGGUCAUGGGGAAUUCUGAGAGCGUUUGGUGGAUUGUGGUGCAGUUUGCCUGCAGGAUUCUUGGUGUUUCUACAGCAACAGUGUUGUGUGCCGUCGGAGUGGAAACCCUACAACAAGGAGAAUUCAGCAGCCUGGGCGUUUAUUUACUGGUCUCAUCUGUCGGCAUCAUGUUGUUUGAGCUGGCCUAUUUCAUUGACACUAUGCUGUUCAUGUGUUUGCCUUGUCCUCCAGACUGGAAGAUUUUUGUGCUGUGGGGGAAGAUGGCUCAUAUAGGAGGUUUCCAUAAGUUCCUCUAUUACUCCAUAAUGUCAGUGGUCUGCUUCCUGCAUCCGGUGCUGGUGUGGCAUGCAGUUAUUCCAGGAACAAUGCUGCUGGUGACGGCGUUUUUUAACUUCAUACUGAGCAAAAAACCAAAGACGAAGUGUCCCAAAAGACCACAGGAGAACCUCAGCGACCAAGGCCUCAGCACAGUGUGCAUGACAGAGGCAGCAGCGUCAAACGACACCUCCUUCUCGUUUCUCCAACUGAUGACAGGGAGGAGAGGAGGGGGUCUGACUAUCACCACCAGAGACCGCUGCCUCGGUCCAGGAGAGAGAGGAGAGAGCAUGCAGGCCAUGCUGGAGCUGCAGCAGACGGCGACGGCACCCAAGGACUCAGACGGAGAGAGGAGGAGGUGGAGGGAGAGGGGGCUGAUGUACUUAAGAGGGAGGGAGGAGCCGCUGGAGAGAGAGAUGGAGGAGAUGAACGGAUACUGUGAGGCAGAGACAGACACCACCUCAGACACCGCACCAAUGAUCACUGACUGAACGUUUCUUAGCGUCAGACUGAGCCUCUUACUGAUGCCACACAAAGGAAAAAGUGUGAAAUGUUUUUAUGCAACACACUGGUACUACACUGACGUUACUGGAGUGUCUGCCCCACCAAAAUAAGACUUUUGAGCCUUUUGGAUUUCAAGUAAAGUGUCGCUUUUGUAACUGCACAAACAAAACAAGAAAAUAAGUAGAUUUUUGGCGUAUAUUUUUACUGAAUAUAUAUUUUCACUCUUAUAUUGACAAGCAGGCAUUAAUGUAGAUUAUUAAAACUGCCCUUAUAGGAAAUUUAGCAGCUAGAAAAGGUUCUAGUAUUUUUCACUUACAAUAUUGUCACUUUUAUGUAACUGCACAAAAAAUAUGAAGAUUAUUAGAUUUUAAGCUAAAUUUUCCACUGAUUUGUAUAUUUUUCAUCAUAAUAAGAGAUCUAUUUGUAGAUCAUCAUGUACAAUUGCUCACAUUUUAGUUUGAUUAUACAUUUUUUCUGCAAAGCCAGCUUAUAAUUACAAGCAAGCAGAAUGCUAUACCCACCUUUAAGGAACAUCUGAGCAGCCAAAAAGAGAAUUUCAGGGCUUUUCAGUGAUAAAAGUAUUACAUUUAUGUAAAUACACAACAAAAUUAUGAGGAUUACUCCAUUUUUAAACAAACUUUUCUACAGAUGUUUCCAUCAUUUACACUGAAAAGAUAUAUUUGCAUAAAAUACAUCAUAAUUCAAAGUAUUUGACCAAAAUGUGCAAAAAUUUAGAGCAUUUGAGUCAGAUUGCAUAUUUUCUUUGCAAAAAUGCUUCAUAACUUUUAAUGCAAAAUGCUAAAAUAUUCUCAUAGAACAUCUGACCAUACAAAAAAAGACUUGAAUCUUUUUCAAUUAUAAUAAAGUCCCUUUCAUUAAAUUUACAACAAAAUGUUAACUACAUUUUCUACUGAUUUGUGUAUUUUAUUUAAGAUAUAAAUUUCUUUUUCCACAAAUAUCAAAAAUGUAAAGUAUGUGUGUGUAUUUGAUUAAAUUUACCAGCAUUUUAGUCAGGUUCCUUACUGUUUUGCAAAGCCAGUUAUUUAAAGAAGCAGGUAGAAUGCAACAACCACUCUUAAUAACAUCUGAACUGUCUUUUUCCAGUUAAAUUCCCCUUUAUAUAACAGCAGAACAAAAAAAUUAAGAUUAUGCUAUUUUAAAAGUAUAUUUUCUACUGAUUUAUAUAUUUUCACUCUUAUGAGUUGUGUUUGUACAAAAUGCAUCUGAAAAAUUAAAGCAUUUAUAUCUAAAAAUGCACAAUGUGGGAGCAGUUAAGUCUGAUUUUGUGUCCACUUUGCAGCAAAGCUCCU